AUGAAUACAGAUAGCGGUGGGUGUGCUCGCAAACGCGCUGCCAUGUCCGUCACGUUAACAUCUGUGAAGAGAGUUCAGAGUUCUCCAAACCUCUUGGCUGCAGGGCGUGAUUCUCAUUCACCAGACUCAGCUUGGAGAUCUUACAAUGAUCGAAACCAAGGGACACUGAACGGAGAUGCAACGUAUUCCUCUCUUGCAGCAAAAGGUUUUAGAAGCGUUCGCCCAAACCUACAAGAAAAAAGAUCACCAAUUCAGAGCCAGAUAACAGUGAAUGGAACCUCUGGGGGUGCUGUGAGUCCAAUGAGCUACUACCAAAGGCCGUUCUCCCCUUCGGCUUACUCUCUCCCAGGCUCGUUCAGCUCCAGCGUUACCAUGCAGCAUGGCCGCUCCUUUGAUUCCACCGAGACGUAUCCCCAGCAUGCGCAGUCUCUGGACGGCACCACCAGCAGCUCCAUCCCGCUGUACAGGUCCUCCGAGGAAGAGAAGAGGGUGACAGUCAUCAAAGCCCCCCACUACCCGGGGAUCGGGCCUGUGGAUGAAUCCGGAAUCCCCACGGCAAUUCGGACGACGGUCGACAGACCGAAGGACUGGUACAAGACAAUGUUCAAGCAAAUUCACAUGGUACACAAGCCUGAUGAUGACACAGACAUGUAUAAUACUCCCUAUACACACAAUGCAGGCCUGUACAACCCACCAUACGGUGCUCAGUCACACCCUGCGGCCAAGACCCAGACCUACAGGCCUCUCUCCAAGAGCCACUCCGACAAUGGCGCCCACACCUUCAAGGACACGUCCUCACCUGUGCCUCCCCCGGUUCCACCUCCAGUCCCACCACUUCGACCAAGAGAGCGGUCUUCAACAGAAAAGCAUGACUGGGAUCCCCCAGACAGAAAAGUGGACACAAGAAAAUUUCGUUCUGAGCCAAGGAGUAUCUUUGAAUAUGAACCAGGGAAGUCAUCGAUUCUUCAGCAUGAAAGACCGCCUCCUAAAAAGGCUCUGGAUUAUGUUCAAGAUCAUUCUUCUGGUGUUCCCAAUGAGGCCUCUCUGUAUCAGUCCUCUAUAGACAGAAGCCUGGAGAGACCCUCGAGUUCUGCAAGCAUGGCCAGUGACUUUAGGAAAAGGAGGAGGAGCGAGCCUGCAGUGGGUCGGCCGAGGGGCUUGGGGGAUCCCAGCGCAAGCAGGACCAGCCCGGGUACUGUGGACCACCUGGGCUCAAGCGCCACCCUUACAAAGUCCUUCAUUAGUUCUUCUCCUUCCUCCCCAUCGAGAGCAAAAGGUGGGGAUGAUAGCAAAAUGUGUCCAUCCCUUUGCAGUUAUUCGGGGCUCAACGGCAACCCCUCCACUGAGUUAGAUUACUGUAGCACGUAUAGACAGCAUUUGGACGUCCCGUGGGACUCGCCAAGGGCUAUUACUUUCAAGAACGGCUGGCAAAUGGCCCGGCAAAACGCAGAGGUCUGGAGCAGCACCGAAGAAACGGUUUCCCCCAAAAUCAAAUCCCGGAGUUGUGACGAUCUCCUGAACAAUGACUGCGACAGCUUCCCUGACCCGAAAACCAAGUCGGAAAGCAUGGGCUCUCUGUUGUGUGAGGAGGACUCCAAGGAGAGCUGCGCCCCGCCGUGGGCUGCCCCCUCCGUCCAGGAGAGUCACAGCAAUGGCAGGUCACGGACUAGACACAGGUCAGCCCACGAUGCCCCCGGCUUCCUGAAAAUGUACAAGAAAAUGCACCGCAUCAACCGCAAAGACUUGAUGAAUUCAGAGGUGAUCUGCUCAGUGAAGUCGAGGGUCAUACAGUAUGAGAAGGAGCAGCAGCACCAGGGUCUGCUCCAUGGAUGGAGCCAGUCCUCCACUGAGGAGGUGCCCAGGGACAUGGUGCCCACCCGCAUUUCCGAAUUUGAGAAGUUGAUUCAGAAGUCAAAAUCAAUGCCAAAUUUGGGGGAUGAAAUGCUGUCUCCUGGGACCUUAGAGCCACCACAAAAUGGUCUAUGUCCCAAAAGGCGAUUUUCCAUUGAGUCUUUGCUGGAGGAAGAAAAUCAAAGCAGAUACCCUUCUCAAGUACAGCGAAGCUACAAGCCUAAAACUCUGGUGCCGAUUCACAUUGAAGUGACCAGCGACGAGCAGCCGAGAACUCACGUGGAGUUUUCAGACAGUGACCAGGACGGAGUUGUGUCUGACCACAGCGACUUCAUUCACGUAGAGGGGUCAUCCUUCUGCAGUGAAAGUGAUUUUGAUCACUUUUCUUUCACAUCCUCUGAAAGCUUUUACGGAUCCAGCCACCAUCACCAUCACCACCACCAUCACCAUCACCGACACCUUAUCAGUUCCUGCAAAGGUAGGUGCCCUGCCUCUUAUACGCGGUUCACCACAAUGCUAAAACAUGAACGAGCAAAGCAGGAGAAUACUGACGAGCCCAGAAGACAAGAAACAGACCCCGGCCUCUCUAAGCUUGCUUUUCUAGUCAGUCCUGUGCCUUUCCGGAGGAAAAAAAAUCCGACUCCCAAAAAACAGACUGAAAAGGCAAAAUGUAAAGCAUCUGUUAUUGAGGCUCUGGACUCUGCCCUUAAAGACAUUUGUGACCAAAUUAAAGCUGAAAAGAGAAGGGGAAGCUUGCCAGACAACAGUAUAUUGCACCGUCUUAUUAGCGAACUGCUGCCAGAUGUUCCUGAAAGGAAUUCAUCGCUUAAAGCUCUGCAAAGGAGCCCCAUGCACCAGCCUCCACGCCCGCUGCCUCACGAUGGUGCUAUCCACUGUCCGUUGGACCAGAACGACUGUGGGAGAAUGCCCCACAGCGCCUCCUUCCAGGACGUGGGCACAUCCAACAACCACCACCACCACCCGGACCACGACGGUGCACUGAGUCUCCAAGACCGGGAGUCCCCUAGAGGUUACUCAUCCACGCUGACUGACUUGGGGAGAAGUGCAUCACGGGAGAGACGAGGAACUCCAGACAAAGAGAAGCUGCCUGCAAAAGCUGUUUACGAUUUUAAGGCUCAGACAUCUAAGGAGUUGUCAUUUAAGAAAGGAGAUACUGUCUACAUCCUCAGGAAAAUUGAUCAGAAUUGGUACGAGGGAGAGCACCACGGGAGAGUGGGCAUUUUUCCUAUCUCAUACGUGGAGAAACUCAUACCUCCUGAGAAAGCACAGCCUGCAAGACCACCUCCCCCAGCCCAGCCUGGAGAAAUUGGAGAAGCUAUAGCCAAAUAUAAUUUCAAUGCAGACACAAAUGUGGAGUUAUCUCUGAGAAAGGGAGACAGAGUUAUUCUUCUUAAAAGGGUCGAUCAGAACUGGUAUGAAGGUAAAAUUCCAGGAACCAACAGACAAGGCAUCUUUCCUGUUUCCUACGUAGAAGUCAUCAAGAAGAAUACAACAAAAGGUGCUGAGGAUUAUCCUGACCCUCCAAUACCCCAUAGCUAUUCUAGUGACCGAAUCCACAGCUUAAGUUCAAAUAAGCCACAGCGUCCUGUGUUCACUCAUGAAAACAUUCAAGGCGGGGGGGAACCGUUUCAGGCUCUGUAUAACUAUACUCCUAGGAACGAAGAUGAGCUGGAACUCAGGGAGAGCGAUGUCAUUGAUGUGAUGGAAAAGUGUGAUGAUGGAUGGUUUGUGGGAACCUCAAGAAGAACCAAAUUCUUUGGUACUUUUCCCGGAAACUAUGUAAGGAGGCUGUGAAUCACUCUCCCUCCUUAUUUAUGCGGCAUUUCGGCAACACGUCUUCAUGAACUGGCCCGAAACGUCCCUCCAGGCCUUCGGUUGUCAGGCCUUCUGGUUUCCGGUAGGAG